AUGGAAGCAGGUACAGGUCUGAGCGCGGAGAAGGUGUCACAGUUCCAAAAGCGACUGAGGGCAGAGCCGCGUUAUCUUUUGGCCCAAAAUGUAUCGACGUGUAUCGACCCGCUGGAGGUGUGUCUGCACCGACAGACCGUCCAGGACACUGUGCACAUCUUCCAGCACUCCAUUCCCACAGAGGGGAAACCAGUCACCAACCAGAAGAACUCAGGGAGGUGUUGGAUCUUCUCGUGCCUCAACGUCAUGCGUCUUCCCUUCAUGAAGAAGUUUAACAUAGAGGAGUUUGAGUUUAGUCAGUCCUAUCUCUUUUUCUGGGAUAAGAUAGAGCGAUGUUACUACUUCCUUCAUGCGUGUGUGGAGACAGCGCAGAGGAAGGAGCCGGUGGACGGGCGCCUGGUUCAGUUCCUGCUUUCCAACCCAACGAAUGACGGAGGACAGUGGGACAUGCUGGUCAACCUCAUCGAAAAAUAUGGUGUCAUUCCAAAGAAAUGUUUCCCUGAGUCACACAGCUCUGAGGCCUCCCGAAGAAUGAACGACAUCUUGAAUCAUAAGCUGAGAGAGUACUGUCUACGCCUCCGGAACAUGGUCGCCAGCGAAGCUUCUAAAGCAGAACUCUCUGAAGCCUUGGACACCAUGAUCGAGGAGGUGUUCAGAGUGGCCAGUGUUUGUCUAGGCAGCCCCCCGGAGAGCAUCUGCUGGGAGUACAGGGACAAAGACAAGAACUUCCACCGAAUGGGACCCCUCACACCGCAGGAGUUUUACAGGGAGCACGUCAAACCACUUUACGACAUUCAGGACAAGAUCUGCCUUGUGAACGACCCGCGGCCCCAGAAUCCUUAUGGGAAGCUGUACAGCGUGGAGUUUCUGGGCAACAUGGUCUCAGGCCGUAGCACUCUUUACAACAACCAGCCCAUCCAACUGCUCAAAAAGGCAGCCGCAGAGUCCAUCAAAGAGGGCGAGGCCGUGUGGUUUGGUUGUGACGUCGGGAAACAUUUCCACGGGAAGUUGGGCAUAAAUGACAUGAACGUGUUUAAUCACGAGCUUGUGUUUGGCGUCUCCGUGAAGAACCUCUCAAAGGCGGAGCGGCUGAUCUUCGGAGACUCCCUCAUGACCCACGCCAUGAUCCUGACCGCCGUCACAGACAAGGAGGGGAAAGAGGGCUUCGAGAAGUGGAGGGUGGAAAACUCGUGGGGUGACGACCGUGGAAACAAAGGUUACCUGAUCAUGACGGAUGACUGGUUUUCCGAGUACGUUUACGAGGUGGUGGUGGAUAAGAAGUUCCUCUCUGCGGAGGUCUUGGAUGUGAUGCAGCAUGAGCCUGUAGUACUUCCUGCCUGGGACCCAAUGGGAGCUCUGGCUUAA